AUGCAGCGUCAGGUUGCUUUCCGCUACGGGAAUGCACAGUCUUAUCGGUUCGGCUGCGGGGUCCCGGGGGGGACGCAGCCACCAGGGCAGCAAGCGCUGCUGGAUGCCGGCCUCGCUCAGCUGCUUUCGGUAAACACCGGCAAGCCGGUGCUGACAGUGGACGCCCGGAACCACGGCGGCAGCCCCCACAGCCCGCUGAUGACCUACGAAGCCAUGAGCCUGGACGUGCAGCACCUCCUGACCCGCCUGGGGCUCACCAAGUGCCUGGGCAUCACCAAGUGCAUCCUCCUGGGACACAGCAUGGGGGGCAAGACGGCCAUGACGCUGGCCUUGCAGCGGCCAGACCUGGUGGAGCGCCUCAUCUCUGUAGACAUUAGUCCCGUCUCAACCGUACCUGUCUCCGAAUUCUCUGCCUACAUCUCUGCCAUGAAGUCAGUGAAGAUCCCAGAUGGUCUGUCCCGCUCUGCAGCCCGCCAUCUGGCUGACGAGCAGCUGCGUCCGGUGGUCCAGCUCCCGCAGCUGAGACAGUUCCUCCUCACCAACCUGGUGGAGGUGGAGGGCCGCUACAGCUGGCGAGUGAACCUGGAGGCUAUUUCCCACCACUUGGCAGAUAUCAUGAACUUCCCUGUCUUCCACAAGCCUUAUCCUGGCCCCGCACUUUUCUUGGGAGGAUCCAACUCGCCCUAUAUCAGCUCUGAACACUACCCGGAGAUCCAGCGCCUCUUCCCCAAAGCGGAUGUCCAGCACAUCGAAGGUGCAGGCCACAUAGUCCAUCAGGAUAAAUUUGAAGAAUUCAUCACUGCUGUCCUCAAUUUCCUGCCACCGCCAUAG